GGAGAGGCAGACAGGUAGCAGGCAUUGGGCAAGAAGUCGGUGUGAAAAGUGACAGGCAGGGAAGAAGGAGCUUCGUUCCGGGCGCCGUAAGCAGAGGAAGCAAAGGAAAACAAAAGAAGAGUCGGGAUUUAUGAGAAUGUGCGGCGCCUGCUGCUGAGAUAUGGCGAGCAGGUUGCUUUUCGCCCUGAGCCUAGUGGGCCUGGCAGGGUUGGUCUUGUCGGACCAGUUUAACUCGGUGGACAGACCGAAUCGUGAGGCCUACUUCGAUGGCUCAGCGAAUAUCCAGGUGCUGCUGGAGCGGCCACUGUCCCUGCGUGGCGCACACAUUGGACUCAGCUUCAAAUCGUGCAAACCUGGGCCGCUGUUCAGGCAGGAGGCCCGAAAUGGCGUGCCCGGCCUCUCGCUUGAAUUGCUGCAGGACGGGCUGAUGCUAACCCAAGUGUCCGCCACCGGCACCAGCGUGAGCACGAGGUUGUCCUCCUCGCGGCUGCUGGACAACCGCUGGCACACGGUCGAGCUGACCGACAAGCUCGGCAACAUCACCCUCUCGUCCCCCGGAAUCGGCGAGGUCAGCGUGCCUGGCGAGCCAGAUCUCGCCGUACCGGACGACCCGACAACCGUGUGGGUUGGCGGCAGCGGCUACGAGGGGUGCAUCCUCGAAGGGCCGAGCUUGCCCUUGUCCUCCAAGGCACGCAGUAACGGUGCCGUGUGGGGCGCCUGCGACACGCAAUGUGACAGGUGCGGCGGAUGCGGGACGCACGGCCAAUGCGACCCCAACGGAGUUUGCCAGUGCCCACUGAGGUUUACCGGCGUGCACUGCGAGAUUGAUUUAGGGACGUCUUGCUUCUCAAAGAACGGAAAUCCCUGCGGCGAAGGCUCCUCGUGCUUCGACCACCACAACGGCUCCUUCAGCUGCCAAUGUCCGGCCGACCGCCUUGGACAGGUUUGCGAGUUCACCAAGUGCGACAGCCCGUGCCAAAACGGUGGCUCGUGCGCCGUCAACGCGUCCGGAGGCAUCCAAUGCCUGUGUCCGGAUGGCUUCAGAGGCGCAGAGUGCGAGGAAUUCAUCCUUCAGUGCCCGCCAGACACUUGUCUGAACGGCGGCGUCUGCGAAGAACUGCAGUUGGCUGGCUUCAGAUGUCGGUGCGAGCACACAGGGUAUGAGGGGGAUCGCUGUGAGCGAAAUGUAGACGAAUGUAGACAUAAACCUUGUCUAAAUGGUGGCACUUGCUUCGAUACAUACGGAGGCUAUCUUUGUCAGUGCAAAUCUGGAUUUGGAGGACAAAAUUGUGAACAAAAUAUUGACGAGUGCAGUUCAAAUCCUUGCAGCGAAGGAGCAACUUGCAUUGACAAGAGAGGCGGCUACGAGUGCGUGUGCGCCCCUGGCGUUGCGGGUUGCACGCCACCGUGCGCAUCGUCGCCGUGCAGGAACAACGGCUUGUGCACCGAUUUGGGCAGCUCCUUCGAGUGCAGGUGCCCACCUGGCUUUUUCGGCCUGGCGUGCGAAAUGGCUGAGUGCGAGUUCAACAAUAAAAUCUGUCUCAACCAAGGCAACUGCACCUCGCAGGGCUGUCAGUGUCCCCAACAGGUGACAGGGCCUUUCUGCGAGAUCUAUCGAGACUGCAGCUCUGAGCCUUGCCACAACGGAGCUACUUGCGAGGGAACGGCGAAUGGUUUUGAGUGUUUCUGCACAGCGGGCUUUAGCGGCCCGUUUUGCGACAACGCAGAGAACGCGUGUCUGUCAGCGCCGUGCCUGAACGAAGGCACCUGCGACUCCAGCUCUGCAUCUCCGUACAAGUGCCACUGCCUGCCUGGAUUUACAGGGGUGCAGUGCCAGAACCGAAUGGAGCUGUGCACCUGCCAAAACGGUGGCUCGUGCCUGGCUGACGGCACGUGCAGCUGCUCCGACGGCUGGAACGGCGAGCGUUGCGAGCGUGCCCUGGUGCUCAACGCUGACUGCACCUGCCAGAACGGCGCCUCGUGCAAGGAAAAGGACUCUGGUGGCUUCUACUGCGAGUGCCCCGCCGGAUUCGAGGGUCUGCAGUGCGAGAGCAAUGUUAAUGACUGCCUCGGCAGGCAGUGCGAGGAUGGAAAGGUGUGCGUCGACUUGGUCAAUGGGCACGAAUGCCGUUGCCCAGAAGGGUUCCGCGGGCCUAACUGCACCGAGGACAUGGACCACUGUGUCGACCACAGGUGUGCGAACGGGGCCACAUGUCGAGACGGCGUGACAAACUACACUUGCAUUUGUACUGAGGAGUGGACCGGCCCUUUGUGCAUGGACAACAUCGACGAGUGCAACCGCACGGCCAACCUCUGCAACAACGGCAUCUGCGUUGACCGUCUUGGCGGAUAUGACUGCUUCUGCCGGCCAGGUUUUUCUGGGACGCACUGCGACCUCGACUUUGAUGAGUGCCUUUCGCACCCAUGCAAGAACGGUGCCCUGUGCACCAACAUGGUGAACGGCUUUAACUGCACCUGCCAGCCUGGCUACACAGGCAAGGAGUGUGAGACCAACAUCGACGACUGUCUGUCCGGGCCGUGCCAAAACGGAGGCACCUGCAUCGAUGGUGUUGCUUCUGUGACCUGCGUGUGUCCCAAAGGCAUCAUCGGUCUGUUUUGCGAGAUCAACAUCGACGACUGCCAGUCCUCGCCUUGUUUGAACGGCGGCAAGUGCAUCGACGGCAUCGACUCCUACCAGUGCGACUGCGGCAAUACCGGCUUUGAAGGUGACUCGUGUGAAACUAACAUCGACGACUGCACACUUGGAAUUUGCCAGAACGGCGGAACUUGCGUGGACCUUGUAAACGGCUUCAACUGCAGGUGUCAUGGAGGCUACACAGGCAUUCACUGCGAGAUCGACAUUCGUGAGUGCGAUUCCAUGCCGUGCCAGUACAACGGAACCUGCGUCGAGCUGUCGGACCAGUCGCAGUAUCCGCCAGACGCUUCGCUCUACGGAAUUAUCCCAGAUCAGUUCACCUAUGAGAACGCUUCUGGCUUCGUGUGCAAGUGUCCUCCAGGGACGCAGGGCAUCACGUGCCAGAUCAACAUCGACGAGUGCGAGUCGUCACCCUGCCAGCAUGGUUUGUGUCAGGACCUGUUGAAUUCCUACGAGUGCAAGUGUGAUAAGGGCUACUCUGGCGUGCACUGCGAGACUGACGUCAACGAAUGCGAAUCUGAACCGUGCGUUCAAGGCACCUGCAGGGAUCUUCAGGCUGAUUAUAUGUGCGAGUGCUUCGAAGGCUACGGCGGACGCAACUGCAGUGUCCUCUUGACUGGUUGCGUUGGGGAAGAAGGCGAGGAGCAGUGCAAAAACAACGGGACGUGUCACGCGUGGCUGUCGGGCGAGACAGACCACCGCUUCAACUGCACCUGCCCCAAGGGCUUCCACGGACGGACCUGCAGCAAGGCUACCACUAUCUCAUUCAUCAACAAUUCAAGUUUGGUGCUGGUGCCUACUUAUCGCGAAGAGGGCUACGACAUCUCGUUCCGCUUCCGCACCACCCUCAGGUAUGGCCAGCUCAUUGCCGGAGUGAGCCUAAGAAGCCUUUUCUUCCUGGAGCUCGUAAAUGGCAGGCUGAACCUCAACACGGACCUGUUGAACCGCAUCGACGGCGUGUUCAUCGGGUCGGGACUUAACGACGGAGAGUGGAAGCACGUUUUCAUGUCCAUCAAUGCGAGCCACGUUGUCCUCUCUGCGCUGGACGAGCAGAGCAUUUAUCCCAUUCAGUUGGGGGAGAAUGCUACUACCAAUGUGUUCAACACGACAAGGUUGGGUGGUAUUUCGUUCCACAAGGUGAAUUUCGUGGGCUGCAUGGAGGAUGUCGUAGUGAACGGCAAAUGGGUUUUGCCGCCUGCAGUCGCUGGCAGUGCUCCUGCGGACGAAGAUCAAGGAGACGUCGCUCACGUGACACACUACAGCGUCGAGGCGGGCUGCCAACGCAUAGAACAGUGCAAGCCAAACCCUUGCGAAGCUGGUGGAACGUGUACAGAUCUCUGGAAGACUUUUUCUUGCGCCUGUCAACGACCGCGAUUAGGAAUUACUUGUCAGCAUGAAAUGACGGCGGCUACAUUUGGGCGUGAAAACACGGUAGAAGGCUUUGUGUCGGUGAACGCGAGUGAAGAGGCCAGACGAGGCCUUCGCCAGGUGGUGGCAAUUUCCAUGUUUGUGCGAACGCGGAAGCCCGACGGAGUUCUUUUCCAUCUUGGAGCCGUAGAUAGUGAUACGGUGAUUUGGGCACAACUGGAAAAGGGCGAGUUGUCAGUUCACGUGAACCUGAACAACAGCGAAAGCUACCAUGUGGGAGGCACAAGGCUGGAUGACGGCUACCUCCACCUGAUCGAGGUGGUGCGCAACCUGACGCUGGUGACCGUGCGCAUUAACAACACGGAAUACCUUCGUAAGACCUAUCCUUUCGGCGCGAACCUGAAUGCGCCCGUUCUCUACCUGGGUGGUAGACCAUCUCUGGAUGCGCCGUCCACUGAACCAGUGCGGACGGUGCGGCAGGCCGGCACGCCAGCCGCCUUAAUCGACGUCCCCUCAGGCAGUGCGAACGUACCUUUCAAAGGUAUCCUACAGGACGUGCAGCUGUCCAACGGUACCUACACCUUCGCCGUUGAGUUCUUCCCAUUGAAAGUGUCGCAGGUUCCCCCUCCGUUUGGUGAGGUUGUAUUUGAGCCCAAUUCGGUUUUGGAAGGCGUGCUGUCCGACGACAACUGCAGAGACGAACCUUGCGCCAACGGAGGAACUUGUCGGGUCACCUGGAACGACUUUGAAUGUGACUGUCAGGUCGGCUACAAGGGCAAGACCUGUCUCGAGAUGGAGUUUUGCCGGCUCAACAAUUGCCCCACUGAUACCCAGUGUAUGGACGUUGACGCAGGAUUUGAGUGUGUGUCACAGGCGACGUUCGACGGCCGCCACCCGCCUUUGCUCUUCCAACCACCAGAGCGCCCUGACCCGUGGUGGGGGCAAGGAAAAAUUGCAAUUGAUUUCCGCUCGAUGUUCACUGGCGAGCUGCUAACUUUGCGCGGCCCAGAGACAGAGGAAGGAGAGGGUGACUAUAUUGUCAUCAAAAUCACCGAUAGAUCAGCCAUCCAAAAAAUCGAGGUCACGGCACGCGUACAAGAUUGGAACUUGGCCUGGAGUGGCGAGCUCUUUGACAUUGGCAACUGGACCCACCUGGUCCUGCAAACCGACACCAUGGACAAAUUGGUGAUCAGCGCUGGCGGCUCUUCGGGCGUCAGCGAGACUCCGGUGCCGAUAGAGGAGUUCAAGCAACUGCUUCAUACCGGACACAUCGAGGUUGCCCGCGACUACAGAGGCUGUCUCGGUGCCAUCAAGGUGUCGGGGGUCCUCCUACCCUUCUUCACUCCUGAAAAGGUCACCCUGUCGGACAAGUCUCGCCACUGGAACUUGAAUUCUAGCGUCGCACCUCAGCUGAACUGUUCGCUGUGCUUCAAUGAGGAGUGUGAGAAUGGAGCCUCGUGCAAAAACGCCGAGGACUCGUACGAGUGCGCCUGCCUCGAGGGCUUCAACGGACGCACCUGCGACGUCAACAUCGACGAGUGCUCAACCAACAUGUGCAUCAACAACGCCACCUGCAUCGACGGCAUUGCCAACUACACCUGCCUCUGCCGACCUGGCUUUGAAGGAGUCAAUUGCGAAUUCGACACGAACGAAUGCGAAAGCUCGCCCUGUGAGAACAACGGCACCUGCUUCGAUGAACUGGCUGCGUUCAGGUGCGAGUGCCCUGAGGAGUUUGUGGGGGACAGAUGUGAGAGCCCACGCAAAGUCACCUGCGAGAACAAUCCCUGCUUCAACAACGCCAAAUGCAUCGACACGCCAAACGUUUUGUCUGGAGACAACUUCACUUGCGAAUGCCUGCCCGGUUUUGAGGGAUUCCACUGCAAAUCUGUCUUCUGCGAGACGACGCCGUGCAGCAACAACGCUGUCUGUGACACCGUGACCCCAAAAUGCGUCUGCCUGCCUGGGUUUGAGGGUGUAUUCUGCGAGCGGGAAAUCAACGAGUGCCAAACAGACCCUUGCCAGAACGGAGGAACAUGUCGAGACGGGCUGGCCACGUACUCGUGCACUUGCAAAUUUGGGUUCGAAGGUCCCAGCUGCCAGAACGACGUCAAUGAGUGUGAUACUCGCGGAGUCUGCGGUAACGCCGGUGAAUGCAUUAACACUAUAGGUAGCUACGAAUGCAAAUGCAAUGAUCCCAACAAGUGCGGUCCAAUGUGCUCAUUGGAUAAUCCAUGUUUCCCGACAAACCCGUGCUCAAACGGACAAUGUGAAGAAAAUUGCGACGGAGAGACGCCACUUUACACAUGCAACUGCACCACUGGAUUCACUGGAACCAACUGCGAUCAGCCAACAGAAACCUCGCCACCAGGCCCGGGAGUGGACAUCGCCCUGAUCGUGGUGCCGAUCGUGUGCGUGCUGCUGCUGAUCGCAUUCAUCGCGCUGGUCGUGUUCGUGUCGCUGGCGCGCAAGAAGCGUGCCACCCGCGGUACGUACAGCCCGUCGCAGCAGGAGUACUGCAAUCCGCGGCUCGAGCUGGACCACGUGCUGAAGCCGCCGCCCGAGGAGAGACUCAUUUGACCGGCCAAAGCCACCCUCUUAUCGAUAAGACUGCUGUGAUUCGACCCACGCCUCAGCGCCGAGCGGCCGUUGCCCCCCCCCCCAACCCGAAACCCAGAAAGAACUGUUGUUGCAGCCGUUUUUGCAACCCACAUGAACAAUAUUGCAUGCAAUUAAAGUGCCGCUCGUGAAAAAUUUACACAUUAAGACUUGACGACUCUUUUUAUCAUGUAUUGAUUAAUAUUAGUUUUUAUCGUGUAAUUAAUGUGUAUUUUGAUUGAUUAUCCAGCGAGACAAUCAUCCCUCAUGAGACGCCGUCCGAGCAACUAACAAUAAAAAUUCACUCCAUUUUUACAAAACAUGUACAUACAAA